AUGGCAACGGGUAUCUCCGCUGGGCAACGAGCAUCCAUCGUCACCCAAGCAGCGGGGACACGACGACGCAAGCAAGCAAGCAAGCAAGAUAGAGAGAGACAGAGAAACAAAAUGGCUCAUUUAACUCGACCCCCGGACGGGCGAGCUAGGCAUAGGCAGAAUAUUCCCUGUUCGGGCAAUCUGCGCCGGGCCAUGGAGGGAGAAGCAGAAGGGAGAGAGAGAGGAUGGGAAAGUGAUAGGACGACGGCCGAGGGUGGCCGGGGUCAGCGUAAAGAAGGCGGUUUGAAUGCAUGGGUGGACGGAUGGAUGAGUGGAUGA